AUGAGCGGAACACAUUUUCACCUCACGCUUCCUAGCAAUGCAUCCUCAGAUAUCUUUCCCGAUAACAAGACGACAAGUUAUCGAAUCAAAUUACCUCAAGCUAUUAAUUUGAGUGGUGAAUGGGAAGUGGGUUUGUAUUCAAUAAACUACCCUCGGACAUGGUACACUCUCGGUAAUUUUGAUACCCACAUUUAUACCAGUGAUCAGAGUGGUCUUUUCAGUACUACCAUAAUCGAUUAUGGCUUUUAUGAAACAAUGCCUGAUCUGGUGAAAUCUGUUAAUAAAAAUUUGGCAAAAGAUGUGAGCGAUAACAUUAAGUUGACAUUCAAUGUUCGUACAGAAAAAGUUACGGUCCAUUUAAAAAACAAGUAUCAAUUGGUUGUAACUAAUAGAAUGUCAAUCGUGUUGGGGUUUGGUGGAAAAGAAACGAAAAUAGUGAAAACGACAACAAGUCCUUAUGCAGCUGACUUACAUGGUUUCAUGGCGAUCUAUGUAUAUUGCGAUAUUGUGCAACCUCAAAUUGUCGGAAAUACCAGUGCCAAAUUACUCAGAAGCAUUCCCGUCCAAGGAAAGUUGGGUGACGUCAUUACUAAAACGUUCACAACCAUACAAUACGUUCCAGUCCAAACCAAAUCUUUUGAAGAUGUGGAAAUAGUUUUAAGGAACGACACAGGCGAUCCAGUGCCAUUUGAACGUGGCAAGGUGGUGACGACACUACAUUUCAGACAGCGUAGUUACUUCUCCUGA